CAAAAGGCUUCUGCAGGCAGCUGUAGGCCAGAGGUCAGAGGAACUUCUGCAGGUCAUUCACUCCAGGGAGACCCUUCAUAUAAAAGGUCAGUGUGUGCAGGAACAUCAAGGGACCAGCAGAGGUUUCCUGAGAAAGGAUCCACCCUCAUGGCCCAGUUCUCUACAGAAUCCCCCGGGGACCAAGGUUCUGGCCAUGGGAUGGAGGCAAUAGGGACCGACUUCUCCCACAGCUCCGUGAAUGUAACUGAAGAAAGAACACACCCUUCAGUCGUGCCCUACUUUAUCUUGGUCAUCAGCCUGGGUGGGCUGGUGAGCAAUGGCCUUGUCGUCUGGAUUCUCGGCUUUUGCAUUAAGAAGAAUCCCUUCUCUGUCUACAUCCUUAACCUGGCCUGGGCUGACUUCCUCCACCUUGUCUGCUGGACUCUAAUUGCCAUAAAUUUUUUCUUCCCAAGCCCAUUGAUUUCCAUGCAUGCAGUCAUCGCCCCAGUCACGGUCAUUUUCUACAGCGUGGGGCUGAGUCUGCUGGUGGCCAUCAGCACGGAGCGCUGCCUGUCUGUUCUCUUCCCCAUCUGGUACCAGUGUCUCCGGCCAAGGCGCACGUCCGCGCUGGUGUGUGCCUUCGUCUGGCUCCUGUUUGUCCUGCUCCUGGCGGUGACGGGGCUCACGUGUGUGUAUUUAGCCCGCAGUUUCUGCUAUGGGUUUCUCGUAACUGGUUCACUGUGGAUUCUUCUGCUCAUUGCCCUGAUGAGUGUGUCCAGCCUGGCUCUGCUGCUCAGCGUCCAGUGUAGCUCCCUGCGCCGCCAGCCUCCCAGGCUCUAUGUCCUCAUCCUGCUCACGGUCCUCCUGUUCUUCCUCUGCGGGCUGCCCUUUGGGAUUUUGUUUUUCUUGCAAUACUUGGAACUAAGCUUCCCUUUGAUGUUGUACCUUUUUGAGGUCUCACCCCUCCUGUCAACGCUAAAUAGCAGUAUCAACCCCCUCAUUUAUUUCUUCCUAGGGAGUUCCAGACAGAAGAGGCCAAGGGAGUCCCUCACCCUUGUGCUGCAAAGAGUACUAGGGGAGGAGGCGGAGUUGGAGGAUGGUCCGAAGACAGUCCCCAUGGAGAUUACCCCUUGAGCCUAGGGGCUAGGAUCUCACUUUGUGAAGCCCAGGAGAAAAGGCACUUGCUCAGGCUGCCUGCCUUGGUUGAUGCUGCCUUUCAGUCAUUGCUAGAUGCAGUCAUUUCCUUUUCUGAGGAGGAAUGCUUGUGUUUCCCUUCCUUCCAACAUGAGUCCUCCAGGGUCUUCUCUAAGAGAGAAAAUAGCUCUUAGGCUCGAGUCUUCAUAGUGUAUCUGAGGUUCAGACCCUCCUGGAGGGCAAAAAAAGAACAAAUAACAUCUCUUUUCUCUCAUUUAGACACUUAUAGAAGUAAAAAGAUUUGAUUGCCUCGAGUAGAAUACUAUUACUGAAUUACUAUUAAUGUAGCAUGAGUCCAUUUUCUGUAGGGUCUUGGUAUAAUGAAUAAAAAGCCAAGCUCAUAAUCAGCAAAGGUAAGCCCAACUUCCGCCUCUGAUACAGUAAUGAUUGUGUAAAACACUUCAUCAAUAAGUGCUUUAAAUAGCUCUCUAAGACUCGAAGUUGCAGACAAAGAACAGAAGAGCAUUGAUAGAGCGCCUUUCCUCACUUAUGACUUCUCUAGAGCAGUAAAAUAACAGACCAAGCUCCUAUCCCCUAUCCCCAUCCAUAGGCUCAAAAAAGCAUCAUCAGGACAACUUCAAAAACUGACAGAACAAUGGGGAUGAUGCAGGUAUCUUGGGGCAGCGUUUCUUUGGGUCGUUCUGCUUAGUUUUUAGGUUAAGAAAUCUUUUUCGUUUGAUAUCAUUGGGAGAUCAUGAGGUUCAUAGAUAAAAUUUUUGUGAUCUAAUCUUUGCUAAGUCUCAUAUAUGACUAUACAUGUAUGUUAUAUAUCCAGAUUCAUGUACUAUUACAUAUAUACAAAUAUGGCUGUGUGUCUAUCAGACUACAAUGAGCUGCUGCAGAGUUUUUUUUUUUUUUUUUUUUUACCAUUUCCUUGGACAAUUUGAUUUCAUCAAAGAGUAAAGGAGACUUGAGGAUGACCUUUCUGUCAUUUCCAAUGGCAAUGAUUUUGUAUCACAAACUCCUGCAAUUUUCUACUUUAACUUCUAGAAAGGGCGUUUACUAAAGUGGUUUGGUAAUAAUGGUUGGUAUAAAAUAUCCCUUUCUCCAAAUGUGAUCUACUCUUUCCCAAAAUGUUCAAGUGAAAGUGAUCUCAAAUUUAUCCAUUGAAUUAAGAGAGGUUGCAACUGAGACAACUGAGCUCUGGGAGUCCUUUGGCCCAAGUUCUCAAGAUAUUCUCCUGAUAUAUGGAUAAGUUUUUUCAUGAUCUACUUACAGAAUGUAGAAUUGCAGUCCAAUAUGCCCUUUGUUCCUGGUGCAAACACUGUGAUCUAUCAGCUGAUCUGGUGAGAGUGUUAAGAUGAUGGCAACUGGGAAUAUUGCAGGACCACUCAAUUUCACAAGGUACUGCACAGGUUAAUGGGAAGAAGAUAUGUAGAACAGACUUUUGACCUUCCCCUACAAUUGAUUCCUUCUCAGCAUUUCAGGGAGAAUAUUGUCUUCCCUGAACUUACUCAAAUCUCUCAGGUUCUGAACUAGGUCACUAUCAAGCUUUCCUAGUCACACUUCUAUUUUCUGUGCAGCAUCACUCCAGUUCAUCAAGAAAUUGUCUCUCUUAUUUUAAAUUCUGUAAUGAAUUAAUCGAUUGGUACUUACUCUUACCUUGUUGAGAUAAGAGAAUGUAGCAUUUUAGUAUUUAUUUUAAAUGAAAGAAUGAUAAUUGAUUUACUUAAUCUAUAAUCACAUUUACAUUUUAAUAUUCUAAUUUUUAAAAAUUUUCCAUUUAGAUAAAAUUAUCCCAAUUGGCUAUAUUUAUAUUUAUAAUCUGCAAUAUAUUAAAUAAAAAUAAAUAUAGAAAUAAGGCAAACUUUUUUCUGUAGCCAACACUAAGUAGUUUAAAUAUUAUCGGAUCCUUUUGUAUUUUGUUCAGUAACCACUAUUCAACAAUGAUUUGCUCUUUACAGCCCUGGAACAUUUGGUACAUUCUUUGUGGUCCUCAGACAAUAUAUUGUAACUUUUUCAUUUAAUAUCUAAUAAUCUACUAUUCUCAUUAUACUUGGGUAAGCUUUAUGUAUUUCUAGUAUAUGAAUAUGUGAUGACUGCAGAAUUAGUCAAAGAUUUUAUAAUAAUAAAUAAAGGCAAUAUGAAUGUUAUAGAGCUUUUAAUCCUCUCAUAUAGAGGGAAUUAUUAUCAUUAUUAAUGAUUUAUCAGUUUCAUUUAUCUUCCAUGAGAACAUUGAUCCUGAGGAUUCUCUCAAAGAAUGAAAACAUUUUCUUCACUAUUUAU